UUUUGAUUUAACACUUGACCCUAGAUUACUGGACCAAUCGUCUGUAGGUUUAUAAAUGUUAGUUGCACCAUGGAAUUUGCAGUUUUUGCUUGGAUGUUCCUGUCUUUGAUAUUUGAGUUCAUCAUCAUCUCUUUAUUAAAUUCAUUUAAGCUUUAAAUUCUUAGUUAAAUUGUGAUUUAACUUUACAAGUUAAUUUUCGUCUUAUUUUUGCCAUUCUGUACAAAUAGAUGACUUUUAUCUCAUAAACAUUGUUAUAAACUAUAUAAUAUGAACUACGUACCAGUUUUCGAUGAAGUGUCACAUUCUGUUUAAAUUUUCUUAUUCAUACGUUGUUUAAGCGUGUAUUACUUUGAUCCACGUGUGUUGAAAAUUUAUGAUAGUGAAACGGUUUAAUCGAGAAAAUGAGAAUUAUUUAUAAAAGAAGAUAUAGAAAAAAUUGUUGGAACAAUGGAUAAAUUUUGAACGGCGUUUUAAUCCUUCUAAUCCUUCUAAUUAAUUAAAAACUAAAUUUUAUAUUAAAGUGAAUAAUUAAUUUAAAAGUCCACAAUUAAAAAGAUUUCAAAAAUUCGAAAUUUUAAUAGAAAAUGUUGGGACAUUAAAACAUACUUCAUGGCAUUAUGUGCUUAAGGAGAAGAAGGCGACCAUUUCUAUAUUCACUAAAAUAUCAGAGAGGAAUUAAUUUGGAAGGAUCUGAAAAAAUUAAUCAAAUUAAUUGCAAUUGAAUUUGAAUAAAAAAUGGAGAGCGAUUUUUGCUAUAAUCGCAAUCCAAAGUGUUGUACAAAUGAAUAAUGAAUUUAUCGAUAUCGGUAUCAAACGCUGUUGAUAUUUGAACAAAAAGGAUUAAAGAGUAAAAUGUAUGGUGUUAUGAUAAAAGAGAACGAAUGACAUAAUAUGUAUUUGUAAUUCGUAUUAAUUACUGCAAAAAUUAAUGGUGCACACAUUUUACACAUGACGAACGAAGUGUAUGAUGAAGAUUAAUCUUCAUAAUUCUUGAUAUUACAACGUAUCUCUCGUUAUUUUACUAUUUCCUUUUUUAUUAGUUUUGCACACUUCUACAUCCGUAUACCGAUGAUAUAAUUGUAUGAUUUAAAAAAUCAUUAAUUUGAGAAAACUUUGGAUAAAACGAUAACGCUAAAACUCUGGAUGUUCAAUGGUCAUUCUUUAUCUGCGCUUGCUUUUUUCUUCUUCAUCAUCUUGGUACCGUAUCAAUUUUAAGUAUUUGACUUGUUAUAUUUUUGUAGAAAUUAGUUAUGAUAAAACUUUGUUUUAAGAGGUUCCGAUCGUACGUGAAUUCUGAUUUCAGGGAAAUGUAGAAAAUAAAAGAAGACAUUUCAUUUACUAAAAUAAUUUUUAUUUUAUGGUUUAUUAUCAAGACUUUCUAAAAAUAUUGGGAUACAUUAUGGAAAAUGGAAUAAAAAUGAUUAGUUCUACGGAACUGCCCAAUUCGCGGCCAAAUAUUUCGAAUGAAGUGGAAUUACCGAUUGAUAUGCAUUUCAACGAAGGCCACAUUGUUAGUAUUGUCUUUUACAGCGUGUUAAUGAUAAUAUCUGCAAUCGGAAACACGACGGUGUUAAUAUUAAUUAAGCGUCGCAAACGUGUAUCCAAAUCGAGAAUACACACGAUGUUAAUGCAUCUUGCGAUCGCUGAUCUACUUGUAACUUUUUUAAUGAUGCCACUCGAAAUCGGUUGGGCGGUCACAGUCUCCUGGAAAGCAGGAGACGCGAUGUGCCGAAUAAUGGCAUUUUUUAGGAUGUUCGGUCUGUACUUAUCAUCUUUCAUUCUGGUAUGCAUAAGUAUGGACAGAUAUUAUGCAAUAAUAAGACCAUUGCAAUUGUGGGAUGUUAAUAGAAGAGGAAAAAUUAUGUUAUGCAUCGCUUGGGUGGGAUCUGUCGUAUGUUCAAUGCCUCAGAUGCUAGUAUUUCACCUGGAAACCCAUCCAAAUAUCACAUGGUAUUCACAAUGUGUCACGUUUAAUGCAUUUCCAACAUAUACUCACGAAAUAACUUAUUCUCUCUUUGGAAUGAUCAUGAUGUAUUGGUUUCCCCUUGUCGUAAUAAUAUACACCUACGCGAGCAUUUUACUGGAAAUAUGCAGAAGAUCGAAAAAGAGCGAAGAUAAAAUUCGUCGUUCUUCUAUGGCUUUUCUUACACGAGCGAAAAUACGAACUUUAAAGAUGACUGUGAUCAUUGUUGCUGUAUUCUUUAUUUGCUGGACGCCAUAUUACGUAAUGAGUCUUUGGUAUUGGAUUGAUCGAAAUUCAGCAUAUAAAGUCGAUCAACGAAUCCAGAAAGGUCUCUUUCUAUUCGCAUGCACAAAUUCUUGCAUGAAUCCUAUUGUUUAUGGUGCAUUUAAUAUUAGAGAUCGUAAUAAGACAUCUGUAAGACCAACUACUAUAGAAACUCGAGUCACUCCAUUGUCACUGUCACUCAAGCUUCUUGACUAACGUUUACUUUUCUGUAAGAAAUAUUAAUUAGAAUUGUAAGUUAAGUCUAGUCCUCAAUAUCAAAUUUGACUGUGAUUGACCAUAUACUUCAAAAAAUGAUAUUUGCUAUAAUUAAGUACUAAAUAUUAAUAGCUUUUUUGGAUGAAGACCAAAUAUGCUGUAAGUUAUCCUUACAAUAGGGUUGCAUUCGAGUAUCCGAGAGUACAGGUUCGGGAUGAAUCGGAAGAAUUCGGGUGAGAGCCUGCCCGAAUCUUUCCAACCCGUCCCGAAGCUUGGAUUUCCAAGUCCCUUACAACCUUAAGCACCUGUAUAUAUUUAAAAUAAUAAUUAAAUUAUUAAACUUCCCUAAAGUAACAA